AUGUCCAGGUUCAUGUAUGCUCUGCUUGCUCUCUGUUUAGCAUUGGCGAUCUUCACUGGCAGCACUCACGGCGGAUAUGUCUGUGAAAUGGGAAAAAUCCUGCUUUCUAUGAACACCUUGGGGGACAAAAAGGUGACGUUUGCAACACCAUUUGCCACGAAACCGGAUGUUUCCGUAGCUUUGGCCGCGAUGGAGGCAUCGAACACCAAGAACACGCGUAUUAGAGCCUUUGCGAAAGAUAUCGCCACUGAUGGGUUCAUUGCAGAAACACUGACAUGGGACGAUACCAUCUUGUAUACCGUUGCGGUUAGUUGGAUCGCAUGCGGAGAGCGGGACAGAUGUGCUGGCAUGAAUCACAACCAACAAUAA